AUGGAGAAAUGAGAGAAGGCGUCAGAAAGAAGAAUGGAUGAAUGGAUUUCUUGCAGCUGAGAGCAAGAGAGAAAACAAGACCGAAAGAAAGGAGUCUCAGUGUUGUUAUGAACAAGCAGGUGGUGGUGAGGGAUAAUCCAGGUAAGACUUUAAUGCAGCAGAGAAGUCUGGGGGAGGUGAAAGGAACAGAGGAAGGUGGAGAGGUUGCUAAUUUUGGACUACUAAUCCAAUCCAUGUCCCUCUCUCUCCUACUCUUCUUCUUCUGAAGAAGAAGAGCAAGCCAUAAAAACACUCCACUUUGCUAAAUUUGGCUAGAACAAGCAUUAGAGGUGUGGACUUGACAACAGCCCACUUUGACUCACCUGGAUAUACAGUCCAUAGCAUGUAGCUGGGUUCUUCUUCCUUCUUCUCCUUUCCUGCCUGCAUAGUCACAUCAUCAUGGGUGAAAUCCAAAAGGGUUUAUUUUCCGUCAUUGAGAAACUAAAGGGCACGACAGAGCAGGAGCUCCGAAUCGUUCUUCUUGGCCUGGAUAAUGCUGGGAAAACCACCCUACUGAAAAAACUUGCUUCAGAAGAUGUGAACAUGAUCACACCAACUCAGGGCUUCAACAUUAAGAGUGUAACCUUUCAUGGCAUGAAACUGAAUGUCUGGGACAUUGGGGGGCAGAGGAAGAUCCGCCCCUUCUGGAAAAAGUAUCUGGAAAACACAGAUUUGUUGAUCUAUGUCAUCGACAGUGCAGAUAAGAAGAGGUUUGAAGAAACAGGCCUGGAGCUCUCAGAACUGAUUGAUGAGGAGAAUCUGAAGGGAGUUCCUCUUCUCAUCUUUGCCAAUAAGCAAGAUCUGACCACAGCAUCUACAGCCAGUGAGAUCACUGAAGGGCUCAACCUGCACACGUACCGGGAUCGAGAGUGGCAGAUCCAGGCCUGUUCAGCUAUUUCUGGUGAAGGAGUGCAGGAUGGAAUGAACUGGAUCAGCAACAAUAUUGUAAAAAAGAAGAAAUAAAGCUGCUUGAAAAUAUUUUUUUUGUAUGUAAAAAUUAAAAGCUCUAUGAUCUUUCUACACAAAUGCAGAUGUGUUCCAAUAGAUCAAACUGACUUCCAUCAACACUAAUGUUUUGUAAUAUUUUGUAAGAUAUAUAAAUUGAAUUCAUAACGACUGACAUCAGGGAGCCUUCGGCUGUUUGAUAUACAGUAUAUGAACUCUCUGUGGAGAGUUUUAAUAGAAUUCUCUAUGACAGGAUCUCAGUGACUCAUUCUAGCAGCAAAUAAUGAUACAAACAGAGCUGCAGCCCAAAAAGGGAUGACUCAUGUGUCCAAGUGUGGUAUUCACUAGAGACUACAAGUUAUACUGUGUGGUUAGUUAGUUAGCUAGAUAGUUAGUUCUGAAGCAGCCUGAAGGAGGAACCAUCUCAAACCGAGAGCCUUCUUUCCUGACCUGAACUCUUGUCCCCUCAGUUUUAUUUGUGGGUUCCAUGGGCUCACGUACUGUUUAUAAUAACUUGUGAGUGUGUUUAUAUAUACACUCACCAACCACUUUAUUAGGAACACCUGUACACCUGUUCAUUCAUGCAGUUAUCCAAUCAAGCAAUCAUGUAGCAGCAAGGCAUAAAUCCAUGCAGAUUCUGCUCACAUCAAACAUCAGAAUAGGGAAAAUGUUGAAGAUGCUUUUCUGCUGACCAUGGUUAUAAAAAGUUAGAGUUACUGUAGCUUUCUCUUCUGAUGUUUGUUGUUUUUCUCACCAUUCUGUAUAAACUUGAGAGACUGUUGUACAUGAAAAUCCCAGGAGAUCAGCGGUUUCUGAAAUACUCAAUUUCCCGCAUUCUAAUGUGAACAUUAACUGGAGCUCUUGAUCUGUAUCUGCAUGAUAUUUUUGCAUUGUGCAGCUGCCAUGUGAUUCGAUAAUUGCACUAAUGUACAGGUGUUCCUAAUAAAGUUGGCGGUGAACAUAUAUACUCCUUUAUUCUUCUUCUUUUAAAUAUACAUAACAGUUUUAGAAAGUAUAACAAAAUGUUUAAGAAAAAAAGAUUCUCCUGCUUAGUGGCUUGAAGUAGAAGGUAAAUAACAGACGACAGAUUGAGCCUUUUUGUGUCUUCAACUUUACAAAGUUCUGUUAAAUUUUAAAAUUGUAUUAUUCCAUCUUGUUAUCUAAAAAUGUACUAGAAAUCUUGUCAUAAACAGCAGGAUUAACUGAAUGAUUUUUGUUAGUUUACCUCACUGAUUACUUGAGGGGAAAAAAGACCCUGUACAUUUACACUUGCAGCAGAAUUAAUGUAACUCAUAUUUGCAGUAUUCAUUGUCAUGUUGCUUUCCAGUAAUGGCAUGUUGUAGUGCAUUUUUAAUAGAGUAUUUUUAAAAAUCUCUUUUUACAGAACUG